AUGGCCCCGGCGCUCACUGUGACACCGCAAGCGACACAUUACGAAGUAGUUGACGAGGCCGACAAAUUAGCCCACCGACGACGGGCCCUUGCGUCCGUCAAUAACCUCUCAACACACAUGGAGGAAGAUGAUAUGGGUCUCCAAAACCAGCCUAGCUUGGCGAAAGAUUCUCAGGAGAUGGAACAGAUCCUAGUUGAUCUAGGCAAUAGUGAUAUAGUUCAGGCUGAUUUACUUCAAGCCAUCAAAACACUGGAGAGCAGUGGAGACGUUUUAUCAACAGGAGACCCCGAUGCGAUUUUCCCUUUGUCUGGCUUUGAUCUACCAGAGGCUGUCGAUUCAGAAGGUGAUGCGACUGAGGAUAAAGUGAGGCUCCUACAGGCUAGGUUAGAACGUAGAUGUGCAUUCCUGUUAAGGAGGUUAAGGAUAUUGCAGUCACGUUCUAUUGGAAAAAGAGUAGCUGAAGAAGCUACUAACACUUUUGAGAGGUGCACUCGAGGUGCUAGGAAAGAUGGUGGUGGAAGACCUAUGGGUCUUAAGGCAUUUAUUAAGAGAGUUGAAACAACAUCAGCUUUACAAGCAAGCGCAACUUCAAGAAGUGUAGUUGGGCCAAAAUAUUAUAAUGCAAGUACAUCUAAAGGUGAUGCAUCUAGAUCAGCAUCACUUGGUGUUCCAUCUGGGACACUUAAUGGGCUAGAGGAUACGGCAGGAAGCUUGCGGUUUCAUUUAUCUGUGGUGAAGAAGCAACUGGAUUCUGAUGCCACUGCUUCAUCCUCGGGAGGAGAGAGUAAUGAUGAGGCUAUUGUUUACAACAAUCAACAUCAGCAACAUAUGCCAAUAGAGAAACGUUCCUUAUGGUCGUGGCAGCGAGCUCGUGCGUCCUUGGCGUCGCGUUGGUGUUGGCUGCAAGCGCAAAUUCAAGAGCUGGAGUAUAAAAUACGGCAACAUAGUGAUCUGCAGAAACAGGUACGCGAGGCCAAAGGCGCUAUUGAAUUUGAAGGUGAACUGGUCGGCUAUGAAGGGAGCUUGCCAGGAGACGACCCGCCGUGCACCUGCGCUAGAGUACGACCCUUACGACGGGAGACGUUUAAGAAACGAAAACUUUUGCAAAUGCACAAUUUACACCUCGCUACCAGUAAAGCUGCUAAACCAAGUGAUAUAAGAUGCAGUUGUGUGUACCCGAUUGAGUCGUGCCCGGUGUGCACUGGGCGAGCGGAGAGCACGCAGCCCCAGCCACCGUUUAGCACGCUCGCGCCACAGCAGCGAGUCGCGCUCGUCGACCCUGCCUACCAUCCAGUACUGAGCGAUGUCAAAGAUAUAACACCGUCAAGCCACAUGAGUGCGCUGACUUCCCGUUCGUGGUUCCGAUCGCGUUUCAAGUCGUAUCGCGGGGCGCACCAGUCGUCCCUGAGCAAACAUGCGCAUGCGCAGAUGCAAGCCUUCAACUCGCCUGCGCAACCGUCGCACUCGAACAGCACCAGCACAGCGACAACCACUAAACGACAUCCCACUAGAUUGAAACGAGGCAGACCGCCGCUAUCCCGCAAAGUAAAGGAACGCGACCGGGAUGAAGAGACCUCAACAUCAGGACAGGAACGAGCAAGGGGGCGUGGUAGCACAGAAUCACGCGGCUGGCGACGGCAGUCCUACGAUAUAGAUAAUAUCGUUAUACCACAGAGUAUAGCAGCCAACACUAGGCCAGAGAUACUCACAUAUAAGGAAAUCAUCACUCCCAAAUGGCGAAUCUUAGAUAUUACAGCACCUAAAUUGAAUAACGGAUUAAGCAAUUCCAAUCGUAUGUCAGUGGAUGAAAGCGAGGAUGAAGAUAUAACAGAAAUGGCGGUGUACCAAAGGCAUGCUCGGGCCGAAAUUCAAGAGAGGAAUAGGUACCUCCGCAAACAGCGGACGAGACGCAACAACACGGAGACCGAAAACCUGGCGCCAACGAUUCCCGAGCCACCGCCUGCGCAAGCGCAAAUCAACCAUCAACCCCAGAUAAAACCUCAGAGAUUAAACACCACGCUUAAUCAGACCAACAGCACGACGCAUAGUGAGUCUGAUAGGCCGUACACACCUCGCGGCUUCCCGCUGCCGGACGACGUGUAUCAAGAAAUGUUAUCUGUGAUGCCGGAAAACUACCAGCGGAGUAGUCCUUCGCCAGUACCAUCGGUCCAUGAAGAGGAUAUGGAGGGGUCAAGUACUCUAUCACCUGCGUCAGUCUUGAUGUUCGAAGGCGACGAUCCAGACGACGCCGAGUGGGAUCCAAGCGCUGAGAAGUCUGAACGUAAAAAAGUGCUUAAAUAG